UGGAGCGAGCAGAUUGAGGCCGCCACUGCAGCGCCGCCAGCAUGAACUUGGCCGCGAGCUGAAGCGACGGGCGGCGGGCGGGCGCGGGGGUACCGGCCGCUAGCCAGGGGGUGAUCUUCAAUCCGCCUGGGCCAUUCGGCGGGCGCCUGGGUAGGCUGCCCGUGCCGGCGGCCGCCCGCCCCUCUGGCUCUGCCCUGGCUGCUGCUGGAGCUCCGCAACACGCUCUGUGUCUAGGCCAUUUGGAAAACGCCUCGGAGAGUCAAGAAUAAAAUUGCAGAUCAAACAAUGGAUGACUGGAAAAGUCGGCUUGUAAUCGAGAGCAUGCUUCCCCAUUUCAACAUGGUGGGAAAUCGUCAGGAGACCAGAAAGCUCCAGGAAUCGGGAACCAGUAAGAGAAGACAGGAAGGAGAGAACUUCCACUUCACAGGCAUGGCUGAUGGAGGCUAUCCUAAUAAAAUCAAGAGACCUUGCCUUGAAGAUGUCACCCUGUCUAUGGGCCCAGGUGCCCACCCUACUUCUCUCUCUACAGAGAUGCAGAUGCCCACAUUAAACAUGAAUCCCACUUCUGCAGAUCUGGGAGUGGCUGGCCAAUCAUUACUCCUUGAGAACAACCCUCUGGACAGUAAUGUUGUGAAUAGCAGUGCUAUGGGCUCACCAUUUGGGGUGCCAUCAACUGCAGACACGGGGCUGAAAGGACAUGCUGUUCCUUACUAUGAGAAAAACAACAGUAUGCCAGCUGUAGACCAAGAGCUUCAAGAUCUCCUGGAGGAACUAACCAAAAUUCAAGAACCUUCUUCAAAUGAUCUUGACCUUGAGAAGAUUCUGGGGAGCAAGCCAGAAGAACCUCUGGUUUUACAUAACCCCCAGGCCCCUCUUGGUCCCCCUGCCAAGCUUCCAGUUCAGAUGCCACAUAUGGAAAACCUUGGAUCUGGCAAGGAGUUUGCAUCUAGCUGCAGUCAAAUUGCUGGCACAUCACUACCAAUCAUGCCCUCCUCCACAGGGAUCAGCUACUCCAUUCCUUCCACCAGUAAGCAGAUAGUCUCAUCCACUUCUUCAACAUCACAGGCUCAGGUCAAAAACCAGGUCCAGAACAUGCUCCCUGUCACUAUGCCUCCAUUAUCUGUGCCUCAGUGGCAUCAUGCCCACCAGCUGAAAGCACUGGCAGCCAGCAAGCAGGGAUCUGUUACAAAACAAAGUUCCAACCGCAAUUGGUCCAGUUUGCCUCCUCCGGGUCUUUCCCCACCUUACCUCCCAGUGCCAUCUCCUCACCCACCACCACCACAACCACCACCACCACCAUUCAGCCCACAGAACUUAACAGCAUCCUGCAUGUCAUCCAGUAGCUUGUCUGGCAGUGCUGUGCAAAACUCGCCCAAUGCCUUACUCUCCAGCAUGGCCCCCAGCAGCAAUGCUGCCCUUGGGCCCACCUUGCCCUAUGUUCCAGCAAAGCUCCCGGGACUGCCUCUCAAUCAGCAACCACAAUUCAGCCCCCAGAGCUCCAUUCUUGCUAAUCUGGUGUCCUCUAGUGUCAAAAGCCCUCAAGGACACCUGAUAUCUGCUCUGCCUACCAGCACCCCAGGGCCAUCCCCACCCUACCGCCCUGAGAAUCUCUCCAGCCCUGGCUUGCCACAGCAGUCCUUCACUCCACAAUACUCUCUUAUCAGGAGCCUCACUCCCACCAGCAAUCUGCUAAGCCAGCAGCAGCAACAGCAACAGCAGCAGCAACAACAGCAACAGCAACAGCCACAGCAACAGCAGCAGCAGCAGCAGCAGCAACAGCAGCAGCAACAACAGCAGCAGCAGCAGCAGCAGCAGCAGGCGGCAAAUUCCAUCUUUAAGCCUAUGACUGGCAGCCAGCAACCUAAAACCUUGAGUAUGAUCAUGCAGCAGGGCCUAACAAGUUCCAGUCCAGAAGCACCUGAGCCCUUUACCUUCAGCAACACCAAGCCCUUGUCACAUUUUGUUUCUGAGCCAAGCCCCCAGAAGAUGGCCUCCAUGUCUACCCACUCCAGGCAGUCAUCUUUGCUCCACUACCUGCCUCAGGUAACACCAGCACAUGCUCCUUCUGCCACUGCCUCCUCCACUGCCACUGCCACUUUGCAACUUCAGCAUCAUCAUCAACAGCAUCAUCAUCAACAGCAUCUUCAUCAACAGCAUCAUCAUCAACAACAGCAUCAUCAACAGCAGCAGCAUCAACAGCAGCAGCAGCAACAGCAGCAGCAGCAGCAACAGCAGCAGCAGCAGCAGCAGCAACCUGACCAGUCUUCAUUCCUUCUGCAGCAGAUAAUGCAGCAACCCCAGCGCUUUCAGCGCAUGAUGGCUUCUGAUUCUAUGCCUGCUCUGCCUGGACAGGGCUGUUGCCAUCGCUGUGCGUGGACUUCUACGGCUCUCUGGCUGGAGCACCAGCAUCAGCAGUGGAACUCUCUCACUAGCACUCAUGGACAUGUGCCACCAUCUAACCUUACUCAUGUAGACAAAGCCUGCAAGCUUGGGGAAGCCAGGCCUUCCCAUGUCAGCCUCGGGCGACAGCCCUCAUCCCGCCAGGCCCUGGGGAGUGAGUCCUUCCUGCCAGGCAGCUCCUUUGCUCCUGAGCUUGCCCGAGUCACCUCCACCUCCUCGUACAACACCUCAGAGGCAGCCCCCUGGGGCGGCUGGGAUCCGAAGGCCUGGAGGCAGGUGCCUGCUCCACUACUGCCUAGCUGCGAUGCUGCAGCCAGAGAAGCAGAGAUCCGGUCCUAUGGCAAUGACCCCUAAACAGCAGAAUGCGUGUAACGCCCAGCAGAUGACUCAAUUUCAAGCAGUACAAGAACAAGUCAUCUCCAAGUGUAACCAAACCAAGAAGAGACCCCUAUCCAUCCAGCAAAAGAUGCCACCCAAAACUGAGCUCC